UAUUUUAAUUCUUUUAAAUUGUAGAUUAUAACUUGCCUGAUAUGAAUAUUUGUCAGCUGACUUCCCAGAUAAAAGGUAAAUACCCUCAAAGAAAAUUUCCUUUUCUUUCCCAGCAGUACCACCCCAGUGAAAGGUGUUACUGCUAGGAAGGAAGGGCAAAUCAAAAGAUCUCUUCAGCAAUCCUUAAAUGGUUUCAUCAGUUAGUUCAGGUUUAUCGUUUCACCUACAGCAACAAGAGAGAACUAGUUUAAUUUAGCUGUUACUCGUUGUCUACAUAAGAUCAAACUGUGCAAUGCAGGCUGUGAAGUGUGUGGUGGUUGGAGAUGGGGCUGUGGGUAAAACAUGCCUGCUCAUCAGCUACACCAGCAAUGCCUUUCCUGGAGAAUACGUCCCCACAGUUUUUGAUAAUUACUCUGCCAAUACACUGGUGGAUGGGAAAGCAGUGAACCUGGGUCUGUGGGACACAGCAGGACAGAUGGAUUAUGACAGGCUCAGACCGCUGUCCUACCCACAGACGGAUGUGUUCAUAAUUUGUUUUUCACUUGUCACACCAUCUUCGUUGGAAAAUGUCCGUAGCAAGUGGUAUCCAGAGGUACAUACCCACUGUCCCAACACUCCAACAAUACUGGUGGGCACCAAGCUGGACCUGAGACAGGAUGAGAAAAAAGUGGAAGAAUUGAAACUCUCUCCUCUCCUGUCUUCUCAGGGCGAGGCCAUGGCUAAAGAAAUAGGUGCAGUGAAAUACCUGGAGUGCUCAGCUUUGACACAGACCGGCUUGAAACCUGUGUUUGAUGAAGCUGUCAGGGCAGCGUUGAACCCCAAACCCCCUCGGAGGAGGAGGAAUUGCAACGAUGUGUUCCUAAUUUGUUUUUCAGUAGACCUUCCAUCUUCCUAUGAAAACAUUCGUCUAAAGUGGUAUCCAGAAGUGCAUCACCAUUGUCCCAGAACACCUAUAGUCCUCGUGGCCACCAAGCUGGACCUGAGAGAUGACACGGACACCCUGAAAAAGUUGGAAAAGGGGAAACUCUUUCCGAUCUCAACUUUACAGGGCGAGUCCAUGGCUAAAGAAAUAGGUGCAGUGAAAUACCUGGAAUGCUCAGCUUGCACACAGUCUGGUGUUAAAACUGUGUUUGAUGAAGCCAUCAGGGCGGUGUUGAACCACAAACCCACUAAGCAGAAGAAGAAGAACUGCGUUAUUUUGUAACAGAGUACAAAACAGUAACAAAGAGUACUUUUCAGUUGUUGAACUCAUC